GAAUUUAAAAAAAAACUAAGAAAAUGGCUCCUAAACUUCUCCAAUUCAUUUGUUCGGAUUCAUUUGAGGUAUCAUUUUGUCGUGUAACCAGAUGGAUUCUACGAUUUCUUGGCUUCUGGCCUUUGGACUCAUUGAACCGUUUAAUCAUAAUCAAUAUCAUUUUCAAUUUAAUACUUUUAAUAACGGCUUGUAUUGGAGAGCUUCGAUUUGCUUGGUUUAUUCGAGAAGAACCACUUAAAGCUCUUGAUGCCUUUUGUCCGUGUCUUACAAAAACCGUAACCUGGAUGAAAUUAGUUACUUUUUUUAUUUAUCGAAAGGAUCUGAGCAUUAUUUUGAAAAGUCUCUUCGAACAUUGCAAGACAGAUACAAAUAACUUAACAAAAAGGACUAUGAUUUCUAAAACUUCUUUUAAUACAUCAAUUUGGUGUCUGCUUCUUUAUAUAAAUGCCUUCAUUGUAAGCUUCUUGUAUUCGCUGAAACCUCUUUUAGUAUGGAGUUAUCACUUUUAUGUAACAGGACAUAGAGGAAAUUGGGUUGCGUUACCAUUUCAAGCUGCUUUACCCUAUAAAGACAUGACUCAGAUCAACAAUAAAGCCUGGUAUUCGAUUAUCUACUGUAUCCUGGCACAUUCAGGAACUAUUACAGUAUUCGGAAUAACUGGCUGUGAUGGAACCUUAUUCUGCUUCUGCAUGUACAUUUCGAUUUCGUAUCAAUGUCUUCAAGAAGACUUCAAAACCUUUUUCAACAAGCAUAUGUCAAGAGAUUUGAAAGCUGUAAGAAAUGAUGUGCUCUAUAAUGAAUUAACAGAGCUUGUAAAACGACAGCAAAAUAUUAUGGAGAUAUUUAAAAGCUUCAAUCGAAUUUUCAAGUUCAUGAUUUUCAUUCAUUUUGGAUCGGCAAGUAUCAUUUUGGCAAUUGUUUUGGUCAAUUUUCUAUUGAUUCCUGGAAUAUCGAAAUUGAUUUAUUUAAAUUAUGCCUUUGGUACAGCAAUACAAUUGUUUACGUUUUGCUAUGGAGCUGAAAGGGUUAAUCAAAAUUGUUUACAGUUAUCUGAAGCUUUGUAUUUUUGUGAUUGGUAUAAAAGUAAUCAGAGGGUCAAAUUAUUGAUACUUUUUGUUUUGAGAAAUUCUCAAAAAGGAAGUCCAUUGGAAGCACCAUUUUUCUCACCGUCCUUAAUUCUUUUCUCUUCGAUCAUCCAAAAAUCUGUGUCUUAUUUAACAAUACUACAAACUUUUUUAUAAAAAAGGAGACAUUUCUAAGAUUGCAAUAUCGAAACUUGUACUUUUCAAAUGCAACUAAUGAAGCUUU